AUUUUUAUGCCAGUGUUUGAUUUGUUUCUCCAUUAAUACUGAUUAUUUGUUUAACGCACAAUGGAAGCGAAAAAAGAUAUUCAACAAAAUAUUACUUCAUCGUUUUUAAUCAGUGCUUAUAAAAGUGGAAAGUGUAGUGAUGUAACUGUAGUCAUGAACGGAGAUGAGGAGUAUCGUGUCCAUAAACUUGUUUUGUCGGCUUCAAUUCCUUAUUUUGAUAAAAUGUUUUCCUCUGGACUCUCAGAAUCAACAAGUGAAGUGAUCAAACUUGACCAUCCGCCGAUUAUAUUUGAUCUUAUUAUCGAAUGGGCUUAUUGUUUGAAAAUAUCGAUUACAAAAGCAAAUGCUGUUGACUUGUUCCAUCUAGCUGAUUACAUGAAUAUUACUGAAUUAACGAGUGAAUGUUUAAAUUUCUUGUGGAACGAAUUUUGUGAUUCUCCAUUAAUAGAUAUAGAUUAUUGGAUGAAUAAAAUUAACACUGAAGAAACUCGUGAAAUCAAUGAUAAAUAUAUUUGUUCAAACUUUUGGGACAUUAUUCAUACAGAUUUAUUUCCCAAGUAUAAUGUUGAAACUGUCAAUCAUAUGAUAAGCUUGAAUGAAUUGCAUAUUGAUCAUGAAUUACAAGUUUUUGAAGCUAUCAUAAAAUGGGGAGAUUGUGUUCAUUUUUGUGAUGAUGAUAUUACUAUUGAUACUUUUAUGUCCAAAUUGCUAAAGAAAGUUCGUUGGGUUGAUAUAGAUGUAUAUGAAUUCAUGAAAAGAGCUGAAAAAGUUUGGUGGUUUGAACCAUGUAACGAAGACCGCCCUGUUAUCAUGGCUGCACUGGAAUUGUCUCUUUACAAAUCAUUGGAACAAGUAAAAAUUAGUGGUCUUAAUUUCGAUUGUCGUGGAAGAGCUCGAUACAUUUACCACUUCAUCAAAUGGAUUUCUGACUCAAAUAUAAAGGUUGAGCAUCGUGGAGAUUAUAAAGAUAUAUCUUUUUCACUGACUAAAGAUUCUGAUCUUUCUGCGCCUAAAUUUGGUGACUUAUCUAUAACUGAACAUGAAAUAGAAUAUGAUUGUGCUGUUAUCAGAAUUGAUUGGAGAAAUAAGACUUAUAGAUUGUUCAAAAAUGAAACGAGUGAAUAUAUUCUCAUGUUCGAUCGUUUAUUUCAAUUCAAUAAACAAGACAAGAAAAUUUAUUUAUGGAAAGGAGAUCGACAAAUUGAGCUAGCGCCAAUAAUUGAAGAAUUGGCAAACGUAUUCACAGUUGUUGGACGCGAAGGAUUUUUUUAUUUCACGUCCAUAGUGGACGAACCUGAUAGACAAAAUGACUAUUCUGAAUCUAACCAGCCAAAACAAAUGAAGUUGAAAUUUUUAAUAACUAAAUUUAAUCCAAUUGCAAUAAGUUGGGAAAUAGUAGGAAACUUUGCAAUAGCAAUAAAACGACCCAUAAGAGGGUUAAAAAGUAGAAACAAAUAUGACUCCAUGGAAAUUUACUUAGAUGGCUUAGAGAUAUUCACUUAUUAUUUUGAUUCAAAGAAAUUUAAAGAACCACAUUAUUCAAAUUAUCUCAAAGCAGAAAAAACGACGUUUCGCAGCCUCGUGUUUGAGAAUCGCAAAUCGUUAUGGACGAGCCUAGAGCAAGAGUUUUAUGCUAGUAAAUAAUAUUAAAUGUUAUCAUGAUAUACAUGUAUUAUAUUUUUAUACAUUGUAUAUAAUAUUAUGUGUUUAUUGUUUAAAAUUCAUUUCAGCUUUUUUCAGAUUCAAAAACUCAUGUUGGAAGUUUGCUAAAAUUAACCAUCCAAUAUCUGUGGCCUUGUAUAAUGUUUUAUUAUUUUUAAAUCCAACACAUAAAAUUGUGCGUUAAACUCAUUUAAAUGUGCUUCCAUUCCAGUUGAUAUUAACCCAACAAAAGAGGUAUUUCACCAAACCGCAAUUCCUAAUCUUGACUGGUUUGUUUUAACCAAUUCAAAUGUGUCUUCAACUGAAUCAAAUUCAUACUGAUGAAAUUGAUGAAGAGUAGAGUGAAGAUCAGCUAAUCUAUUCCAAGGUCUUUACCAAUACGUUGUGUCCAUUUAGUUGAUUCGAGAUUGAUCUGAUACAUUUUCAAGAAACAGAAUCAACUUGUUGUCAUGCAACACAUGUUUCAACUGGUUAACAUGCUCAAACAUUUUUGCAUCAUUAGCCACAUUAGUCACACCAGUCCAGACAUUAUCACGCGGAUCGAGCUUCACUACCACAAAAAUGGAAACAUAAUAUUAAAACUAUGAUCACUAUGCAGUUUUUGCCAUACGCUCUAUGUACUUUCCUAACUUAGCAACGCAUGCAGUUUGUGAACGGUGCAUUUGCAAGUCAAAAGCCAGAAUAAAUUCUUAUUAUUUUUCAUUCUCUACAAUAGGAACCAGAAAAAAACUUAAAAUCUGUACUACUCAGGAACCUUCCCUUGUUAGUUGUAAUGAUAUCACAAAAGUUUUCAUGUAUUUAAUCU